GUGGCCUUUCCGCCAAUGGGGCGAGAGCGAAGGCGGCGCCGGGAGGAGGCAGCCGGAGAGGCCCGCCAGGCCGCGCUCCCUGCGGGGCUGAUGGCCGAGGCGAAGCCGGCGGGCGAGGCCCAGGGAAGCCCCGAAGCCCCGGGGGCUCCUCCGGGGGCCGCGCGGGGCCAGGCAGGUCGCAAUCUGAAGGAGUGGCUGAAGGAACAAUUCUGUGACCACCCCAUUGAGCACUGUGAGGACACCCGGCUGCAUGAUGCUGCUUAUGUGGGAGACUUGCAAACCAUUAAAAACCUGUUGGAGGAAGAGAGCUUUCAAAGCCGCAUCAAUGAGAAAUCCGUGUGGUGUUGUGGAUGGCUGCCUUGUACACCGCUGCGGAUUGCUGCCACGGCAGGACAUGGAAACUGUGUGGAUUUCCUGAUUCAGAAAGGGGCAGAGAUUGAUCUUGUGGACGUGAAAGGGCAAACUGCCCUGUACGUAGCUGUUGUGAAUGGGCAUCUGGAAUGCGCACAGAUCCUUCUGCAAGCCGGAGCUGACCCCAAUGGGAGCCGUCACCACCGCAGCACCCCUGUGUAUCAUGCUGCCCGGGUAGGCAGCACUGACAUCCUGAGAGAGCUGAUCAGGUAUGGCGCUGAUGUGGAUGUAAAUCACCAUUUGAUCUCGGGGACCCCCAGCCCAUCUUCCCGGCCGCUCACCUCCCUGGUGGUCUGCCCGUUGUACAUUAGCGCAGCCUAUCACAACCUGCCGUGCUUCCGGCUGAUUCUGCAAGCAGGAGCCAACCCAGAUUUUAACUCCUGCGGCCCCGUCAACAUCCAGGGCUUCUCCAGGGGCUCUGCGGUGUGUGUCAUGGAUGCAGUCUUGAGACAUGGGUGUGAUGUGGCUUUUGUCAACCUCUUGAUUGACUUCGGUGCCAACUUGAAUCUGGUGAAAUGGGAGACUCUGGGAGAAGGAGCUACAGGAAGGAUCAAAGUGAACCCAGAAGCCUUGCAGGUGUUCAAAGAAGCCAGGAGCUGCCCUAGGAGUCUGAUGUCUUUGUGCCGCGUGGCAGUACGAAGGACACUCGGGAAACGUCGUCUGCACCUGAUCCAUGCUCUUCCAGUGCCAGACCAAAUCAUAAAUUUUUUACUCCAUAAACAGCAGUGAGGUCUCCUUGGAUGUUUUGGAGGACAAUUUCCCUUCCUUCUUUGUCUCUCCCCCCUUUAAUGAGGAUUUUGCUUUUUUAAGAGUGAGCAAUUGAAAACAGGAAGAAUUGUUUGUGUUUGUUUAAUGCUAUAAAAUUAUUUUCAUGAUAUUAUUUCUGUCAAUUAUUCUAUAUACUUUGGGUUUUAGCAAAGCUGCUUCCUGGUGAAUUUGAUCUGAUGUGUUACAGUGCUUCACGUAUCAUG